AUGCCAGGUGGCAGCACAGGUGGUACAAGCGGUACUGGUACGGGUCAAGCCGACACAGCGGUACCAUUGCCGGCGACGUUUGAUGAGAGUGACAAUUGGCUUGUUUACAAUGACAAAUUGGAUCAGUUUUUCAUUGCGUAUGGCAUCACAGAUGAUAGUCGCAAACGAGCAAUUUUGCUGACAUCUUUAAGUGAAGACGUUUAUAGUACACUCAGCGAUUUAUGUUUUCCAGAAUUGCCAGGAUCAAAGACUUACAAAGACAUCGCGGGACUUAUGAAAAAACGUUUUUCGCCGAUUGUGUCAAUUUACCGAGAACGGUUACGAUUCUACGAAGCCAAACAGAAGCCAAAUGAAAAAAUUGUGGAGUUUUGCAGCAGACUGAAGAAGCUAACGAAGUAUUGCAGUUUUGGAGAUUAUUUAACGCAAGUUCUACGGGAUAAGUUCGUGUGUGGACUUUCCAAGGGACCAGUUUUUGACAAAGUGUGUGAACAGAACGCUACGGAGUCGUUUGAGACGCUGGUCGAAGUCGCUUUGAAGAAAGAAUUGGCAGUCAAGGAGCGCACAACGGACGAUUCGUUGGAGGUUUGUAAGGUUGAACAGCAUCGAAAUGGAGCGAAGCCAAAUGCUUCAAAAGUUUUCAACAACAACACAUCGAAUCAAAGCACUAAAAGAAACUGUUAUGCUUGUGGUGGAUCUAAUCACUUGUUCAAUGCUUGCAAGUUCAAAUCUUAUAAAUGCAAAAAUUGUAAGGUGACGGGACAUUUGGCCAAAGUGUGCAAGCAAAAGAGCGACGGUCAGAAAAGUUCAAAGCCACAACAACCGAAACCGUCGAACAAUUACAUCAAUUUGGACGACGAUUCGGAUUUUGAGAGAUUGACAAUCAAGCAAAUGAAUUUGAAGGUACACAAUGUGAGCUGUGAAUCCGAGGAGGAAGCCGACGAAAAGUUUUACACGCAGUUGUCGAUUCGUAAGAAGUUGCAUCAAUUUGAAGUCGACACAGGUUCACCAAUAUCGGCGUGUUCUGUUACGUUUUACAAGCAAAACUUCAGUGACAUCCCACUGCAGCAAUUCAAGAAGAGUUUGGAAUCGUACAACAAAACACCGUUGAAAAACCUUGGAUACUUCGAAGUCGACGUAGUGUUCAAGUCAAUAGUUCAUAAGUUACGAUUGAUUGUCAUAGUAAAUGGAGGAGAGCCAUUGAUCGGUCGAGAUUUUCUGAGAAAAAUCAAGAAGCACAAGGGCGUGUCGUUAAACAAUUUGGAGUGCAGCGACCCAGUUAUCAAGCGAUUAAUUGACGAGAACAAAGAAUUGUUUCGUGACGAACUGGGCGUGUACAAACAUGGCAAAGUACGAUUGGAGCUGGAGGCCAACACCGUACCGAUUUUUCGCAAGGCGCGACCGGUACCUAUUGCUUUUCAAGACGAGUACAAAAGGCAAAUUUCAGACAAAAUCGAGCGAGGAAUUUUGAAGCGAGUUGAUUAUUCCGACUGGGGAACACCGUUAGUGUCAGCACCGAAGCCAAAUGGUGGUCUUCGAAUAUGUGGCGACUACAGCAUUACCGUAAAUCCACACAUCAAAUCAGUGGUGUAUUCAUUGCCGCUGAUCGACGAUUUAUUUGCAUCAUUGAAUGGUGGACAGACAUUUUCAAAAAUUGAUUUGACGGACGCAUACUACCAAUUGGAACUGGAUGAAGAUAGCCAGAAAAUGUUGGCAUGGAGCACUCAAGAAGGAAUUUUUGUUCCAACACGAAUGCCGUUUGGUAUCAGCCCAGCAAGCUCGAUUUUCCAAUCGAUCAUUUCGAAAACUUUACAAGGAUGUAAAGGAGCAAUCAAUUUGAUAGACGAUAUUUUGGUCACAGGACGAAACAAGCAGGAACAUUUGGACAAUUUAAGUGAAGUGUUCAAACGAUUAAAGGAGGCUGGAUUCACAUUACGACCGAGCAAGUGUGAAUUUUUCAAAGAGCAAGUUAAGUACCUGGGAUACAUCAUCGACAAGAACGGUCUUCACAAAGAUCCGCAGAAGAUCGAGGCAAUUCUCAAAGCACCAAGGCCACGAGACAUUACGGCAAUCAAAUCGUUUGUUGGUUUGGUGGGAUUCUACUCGAGAUUUUUCCCGAACAUGGCGCAAGUGUUGGGACCGAUUUACAAUUUGCUAAAAAAAGAGAACAAAUUCGAGUGGACGAGGGAAUGUGACGAAUCUUUCGAGUUGGUCAAGACGACGGAUCAUAAGCCUUUGCUAUCAAUUUUUGGAGCGAAAAAGGGCAUUCCACCGUUAGCAGCUGGACGUUUACAAAGAUGGGCGUUGUAUUUGGCAAACUUCACGUUCGACAUCGAGCACAUCAAAGGGAAAGACAACGCAAUUGCUGAUUUCCUGUCACGAUUUCCAAUCGACGAUCCAGACGAGGAAGACGAUCCAGACAAAGGAUGGCCAAACAAAAUCGGCGAAGAGUUCAAAUAUUUUGCUAUGAAAAAGGAGGAACUCACUUUGGAAGACGACAUGUUAAUGUGGGGUUACCGGGUGGUAAUUCCGUCGUCAUUGAGAAAGAGGAUUUUAUCAGACCUGCAUUCGUCACAUGCCGGUAUCGUUAAGAUGAAAGCAAGAGCCAGAUCGUAUUUUUGGUGGCCAAGUAUCGAUCGGGACAUAGAAGAGUUGUCACGUAAGUGUACUCAGUGUUUAACUAAUGCUCAAAAUCCACCAAAGGUACCGGAUUCACCGUGGAUGACCAGUACGAAGCCAUUGGAGCGAGUUCAUGCCGAUUUCUUGGGACCAAUCAGAAACAAAAUGUUUUUGGUUAUCACCGACAGUUACUCGAAAUGGCCAGAAGUAUAUCAUAUGGCAUCAUUGGAAGCGAGGGUUACAAUCGAAAAGUUCCAAAACUAUUUCGCUCGUUUUGGUUUGGCAUCGCUUAUUGUAACCGACAAUGGAAAACAGUUUGUAGCGGCAGAGUUUACGGAUUUUUGCGAUCGAAAUGGAAUUAAAUACAUGACAACGGCGGCGUACGAACCACACUCAAAUGGGGCAGCGGAAAAUGCCGUGAAGUCGUUCAAAUCUGGUAUCAAUAAAGCUUGCGAUGAUCCGAAAAAUGCCAAGACACCGUUAAACACCAUCAUCGACCGCUAUUUAUUUUUCUACCGAAGUUCAACCCAUUCAUCCACGCAAGAGACACCGCACAAAUUACUGUUUGGUCGGGAAAUGUUAACACAUUUUGAUCGUUUGAGACCGGCAAUGUUGGAGAAAGUCAAAGCCAAAAUCGUUCAACGCAUCAAGGACGAUGCAACUAGCCAAAAUCCCGUACAGAAGCAUUUCGACAUAGGGGACGAAGUCAUGAUCAAAUUGUUUCGCAAAAACAAAUCAAUGUGGCGACAGGCAACCAUAAAAAAGAGACUUGGGAUCAACAUGUAUCUCUGCGAAAUUCCUGGAGGAAAACAGGUAAAAAAGCAUUGUGAUCAGAUCCAAGGGCGAAAGUUGUCGACAGCACAAUCAUCCGUGGAGAACAAUGUGACUCAACCGACGAUUCAACCGACGAUGCAACAAGGGAUCACGACGAGAUCGGGCAAAACAUAUUCGUGCAUCAUACAGCGAUAA